UUAAUCGUCUAUAAAAGAAACCCUUUUAUUAUUCAUCUCUUCCAUUCUAGAAAGUAUUUUUUUUUUUCUACAAUUUACGGCGGCAGUAUGACAAUCACCAUCACAGACUACGGACUUAUAAACGACACCCACAAUCUCUUCGACAUCACCUUCUUCACCGACCAGAUCCACACCCUCCUAACCCACUCUCCUGCCCACGUCAACCAAUGGCUCACCCAAACCCGCCAACAAGCCAACCCAAACCAACCCACCGUCGUCGGCCUAGACGUCGAGUGGCGACCCAGUUUCAGCCGCAACAUAGAAAACCCAGUCGCCACCUUACAGCUCUGCGUCGGCAACCGCUGCCUAAUCUACCAGCUGAUUCACACCCCGAGUAUUCCCCAGUCGCUGUUUGACUUUCUCAAGGAUUCGAACUUCAUGUUCGUCGGCGUUGGAAUUGCGAACGAUGUUGAGAAGCUGGUGUAUGACUAUGAGCUGAGUGUGGGGAGGGCGAUGGAUUUGGGGAGCGUGGCGGCGGAUGUUAUGGGCGUGAGGGAGCUGAAGAAUGCGGGGUUGAAGGAGCUGGUGAGGAGGGUUUUGGGGAGGGAGAUUGAGAAGCCGAAGCGGGUUACGAUGAGCAGGUGGGAUUCUAUGUGGUUGAGCCUUGAUCAGGUUCAGUAUGCUUGUGUUGAUGCUUUUGUUUGUUCUGAAAUUGGUAGGAGGUUGAUUCAGGGAUGAUUAGAAUGUGUUUAAUCAUGGGAACUUCCAUUAUUGCCAAAACAAUUGAUGAUUUAUGUUUAUAGUUAGGUUAUGUUUAACUUGUUCCAUCAUAGUUUGGUGGUAAUUAAGAAUGGUGUUUUUAGGAUUUUAUGGUAGUUUUGCUUAAUGGCACAGUGAAGAUAAUUUCUUAGUUUCUCCUAUGGAAGUAGUUAUUAUAAUUGCUUCUAUGUUGCAUGGAAA